AAGAGGAUUUUUUUAGCGCCGCUGUCAGUAAAUAUCCCACGGCGCGACGCGUGUCCCUCCAGCUUAAAUAUCCAUUUACAUCUUACACCUCAUUCAUAAUGUCUACAUCAGCCGAGCUUCUUGCUGAAGCUGUUUCUGCAUCAAAAAGCGACUCAAAACGCUCGGAAUCUCUUUACAAACAAAUCCUCUCAUCGACCAAACCGUCAACGCACGAGAACAGUCAACAGACGCAGACUCUUCGGGACCAAGAAACAGCGUUGGUGAACUUGGGUCAACUCUAUAGAGAUCAGAACAAUGCUGCAGGUGUAGCGGAAGUUAUCACCCUGUCGCGAUCAUUCAUGUCGUCUACGGCCAAGGCCAAGACCGCGAAACUGAUUCGUACCCUCUUGGAUUACUUCAACGCAAUUCCGAAUAGCCAGAAAAUACAAAUGACGGUGCUUCAAGAUAAUAUUGAAUGGGCUAAACGUGAAAAGCGGAUAUUCUUGAAGCAGAGCUUAGAGACAAGAUUGGCUGGUCUCCAACUUGAAACCCACGAAUACAAGCCCGCACUGGCUUUAAUUGACACACUGCUGACCGAACUACGAAGGUUAGACGACAAGAUGAUCUUGACCGAGGUUCAUUUACUAGAAAGUCGAGUGUACCGAGGGAUUGGUAACAUGGCGAAAGCAAAGGCAAAUCGCUUUCGUUCUUCACCUUUUGCUGCUCUUACAUCUGCGAGGACAGCUGCCAACUCGAUAUAUUGUCCACCCGCUCUCCAGUCUUCCCUCGAUCUGCAAUCUGGUAUUCUGCACGCCGAAGACAAAGACUAUACAACUGCCUAUUCUUACUUCUAUGAAGCCUUUGAGAGUCUCUCAACGCAAGGAGAAGAUGAUGGCAAAGCCUUGAGUGCUUUGAAAUACAUGAUGUUGUGCAAAAUUAUGUUGAACCUCCCGGAAGACGUUACUUCGUUACUAUCUAUCAAACUGGCCGUCAAGUACGCUCAGCUAAGAGAGGUAGAAAGUAUGAGAUCUGUUGCGAAAGCACAUCAAGCACGGAAUUUGGCUGAUUUCGAGAAGGCUCUGAAAGAUUAUAAAGAUGAACUUUCUUCGGAUCCCACCAUCCGCUCACAUCUUUCGGAUCUGUACGAUGCCCUUCUUCAGCAGAAUCUGCUGAGGAUUGUAGAGCCUUAUUCUGUCGUGGAACUUGAAUACAUUGCAGAAUGUGUUGGCCAAGGCAGGCAGAGCGUUGAGACAAAACUUUCGCAAAUGAUUCUUGACAAGGUCUUUUAUGGUGUUCUUGAUCAAGGACGAGGGUGUCUUCUUGUAUUUGAUGAACCAAAAGCUGAUGAAAUGUACGACAGUGCGAUCAACACUCUAGGUCAAGUUAGUAAGGUAGUAGAGUCGUUAUAUGCAAAGUCGGUGAGCAUUGCAUAGAGCUGCUCGUUAAACAGUAGUGUCUAUGAUCAAUUAAUAUAAUUUCUCGUUGAUUAAAUGGAUUCGAUG